UUGCUGCUGCAGAUCAAACCCAGGACCUUGUGCCUGCCAAGCUCAUGCCCUACCACGAGAGCCCCACUCCCAAGGCCUAUGGACUCUUGCUGGACUUGAAUCCUGGGCCACAAGUUCCUUUGUUUAUGGUAGAGAUCUGUUUAGGAAAAUCAUUGUUUACCAGCUGUGUGAUUUUGGCUAACUUAUUUUGUUUCUCUGAGCUCCAGUUUUAUUUAUAAAAUUGGGCGAAAGCCCUGACUCCACGGGUGGUGGCAGUUAAGGAGUAUGACUGUAAAUGGGGUGGAGGGUUCCAGCUUCCACACAUUCUAAUUUCCCUUAUGACCCCAGGACAUUGUCUCUGCCACAGAAGCCCCUCCUAAUUCCUAUUUUCACACCGCAGAGUUUUUUGCCUCUGGUGGCUCUCCUGUCUGUUUGCCGCAUAUUGCUUGUGCUGGUUUUAUGGCUUCAUCUUCAGCAUGCGGGUCCUGCGAGGGCAGAGUGGGUCCUUACCCGUCCUUCCCGUCUCUGAUCCUUUUUCCUAUUGAGUGCCUAGUAGAGACUGUAGUUCUUAAGUGAAUGAACCUUCGCUUAAGGUGCGGGCAGGGCUGGUUCGUUCAUGAAAGACCCAUCAAGUAUGCACUGUUGGAACCAGAGUUCUGCCUAGAGAGGUCAGUAGUGGCUUAGGCUGGAGGAGAGCUUACAUUCCUGGCUUUUCUCCUUACGAGUGGGUCAUAGAAGUGACUCAGAAACUGGUUUGUUCUGGCUUUCGGUUUGAGGGGCCCACCACAGCAGAGAAGGCAUGGCCAAAGAAGUGUGAAGUUACGGUCACCUUGUGUCCACAGGAAGCAGAGAAGACAGGAAGUGUGGCCUGGCUAUCAGACCUCAAGGCCCGCCCACAGUGACCCACUUCCUCCAGUGAGAUUCCGCCUCCAAAGGGUCCAAACAGCGCCACCACCUGGGGGCCAAGUCCUUAAGCACAUGAACCUUUGGGGACAUUUCACGUUCAAACCACAGCAGAAAUGGGCCGCCGUUGUAUUGUAUUGACAAGACAAAGCAAUACCCGAUAGGGUAACCACUGAGAAUAAGGUCCCCUCUCAAAGCUGGGGAGACAUGGCCUAAUUUAUGAAGAGGGAGCAUUUUAGUAUCCGUGGGUGGGUAUCUCGCAGAGAGGAGAUGGUGCGGCGUUCAGGGGACAGAACAGGAACAGCGGAAAGUGGCCGGUGACUGGAGGACGCAACAUUCGCGUUCUUUCUUGAAUGGAAGCCAUCUUUGCCGAAGUUGCCUCGCUGUGUGGCGUUAGAGUCCCUGCCAUGUGGACAGUUAACCUAGUAAGUCCAUUAGAGGGGCAGAGGUUUCUCCAGAAUGAAAGACACCACGUGCACCUUUUGUUGUGUGGCUCCUGGUUGGUGGCGCAGCGUGCUCAUCACCCUGGACGAGGAGUGAGCUGAACCCGAGGCUGGGGGAGAAGGCGAGAAAGCAGAGGAAUGGAUGCCUCUCACACAGGCUGGCCGGUUGGCCUGGCCGUCCUUCCGCAUGCAUCUCCACUCGUUCUCUUUUAUUUUCCGAAAAUGCAACACUUACGUCUUUCAAGCUGCUUCCCACUCCAUCUUUCAAAAAGCAUUUUCAGAACUAUUUAGUUUGUCCCCACGACAUCCUUUGGGAAGUAGGUACCUGCCCCUCCCUGUCUAUUCACAUCACAGGCCACGCUGGCCUUGAACUCGGAAUCCUGCUGAUCCCCGCCCCCCAAUACUGUGAUUACAGACCUUCACCACCACGGUACAGGUGUUGGAAGCUAGGAUGCCGUAAACGCUGUUGACAUUGGUUGAAUACCCUGUAAACAUCUAAAGGGACAGAAGAUUGUUGGGGCCCGAGAGGUGUUCUGGUGAAAUAUUAGGUGCGACACCCUGGCCUCCAGGCGGGCUUUCAUUCUCUGCGUGUGUACCAGCUCCUUGACCGGAGAACUGGACUUCUUCUCUGAGUUUACACAGCCGACAAAGGUCAGUUACACUUGUAUUGCCAUGGAGACAAUCAGGACUGCGCCCUAGCAGGCUGCCACAGCUUUAACGGGUUUCCUAGGCAACCACGUUGCCUUAAAGGAAGGCGACCAGACCCAGCUUGCCUUGUGUCAUGGUGCUUUAGGGUUCUCUAGACAUUAGCACACAACGUUUCCUUAAAGCAUUAGCACGUCUUUUUUUAAGUUUCUAAUUCACUCAUGUCUGUGUAUGUGUGUGUGUGUGUGUGUGCGUGAGCACACGUGCUUGUGUGUGCACAUGGCAUGGCACACUUGUGGAGGUCAGAGGAUAACUCUCAAGAGUCAGUUCUUCACUGGCCAUUCCAGGGAUCAGGCUCAAACCUCAGGCUGCUGCAGCAGGUGUUUCUACCCACUGAGCCGGCUGUCUGGUUCUUAUUACUUCGGGUAUACGGUCACCACAGUUACCUCUGGGACAUGUGACAGGAAGCAAAAGGGCUGAUGAGAAGCGGGGGUCAAAUCCACACCUCAGAAUUUAAGAUGCUUCAAGAGCAAGCUAUUUAGAGGAAGAUUUAGAAAUGAUUUGUUUCUGAUUUCUCUAGGAGCUGACAAUAAUUUUAGAUUCUGGGCAUCACUGUUACUAUGGAAACAGUGGUAAUUAAGGAUGUAAAUGAUAGGGUUAUUUUAUUGCUUUUAAAAUAUUUGUUAUGCUGGGUUUGGUGAUACAAGCCUGCAAAACACACCGGCAGGUACAGAACUCAGCAGGCUGAGGCAGGAGGAUUUCAAGUUCACGGUCAAGUUCAAGUUUUGCUAGACAUAAGGUCCUAUCUGAAAACAAACAAAACAAAUGCGCGCAAAAGACAUUCCUGCUGUUUCAGAUGGUGGAGGUUUCAUUUUCCUUUCAGGUUCCUUCAUAUUUUUAUAAUAAUUGACUAUUUUUGAAAUGGCAUGCGAAUAUUUUUAUGAGUAUGGAUUGAAGGGGCGUGGUCGAUCGGUAGUUAAAAAUUAACCAGACUAGCUUAAUAUAAAAGGUUUAGCUUUAAUAAACAGAAGAAAGGAAAACUUACAAAACCAGGGUUCCAGCAAUCCAAGAACACAGGGGGCAAAGAGAGAAGUGGCAAGCCAAUGCGGAUCUUUUAUUUGUUUUGUGUGGCCCCAGGGGGACACACCCUAAGCAGAAUGUGAUUGGCUGAAGUUCCCCAUCACCAGAUAAAUUCCUCUCCUGCCUCUCAAGUUUAACUGCCUUGGUAGAGCCAUCCUUCAUGGGUUCUAAACCUGGUGUGGCCACUGGGGCCCAAUUCACUGGCCAACAGUGGUCUUCUGUUUGCUCAGAACCUGAGGGAACUGUCUUUGUGGGGCUGAGUUCGACUCUCAUCGAACUCAGAGAGCUGCUCUAGGCCUUUCAGAAAGCCCUGCUGAAGUGACUUGCCCCGCUUUUCCUCAGUGUGGGGCUCACCAGGUCUGGGACGGGUUGGCUUCUCCGAGGUUCUGAGAACUGCUUGGUCCUGCUCUCGUCUGACCUGGGGUUAGGCAGAAUACUUUUUCUAAAGUCAUCGUCAGAGAAAUGUCUUUGGUCUUGUGUCACUCUGACUGGAUUCUGAAUCACAGCUCCGCGGUUUCUCAGAACUCAGUGGCUACAGUCCUGGCUGGUGCUUGCUCCCACGUCCCCGCCCCCUUCACGAACACCCAGUGCACCAUCUCAGGCCAUCGCGGAACGCUCUGAACACCUCCCGAGUUGUAGCUCACCAGCUCUGCAGUAGCUGCCUGAGGACAGCACUGUUUUAUUCUGUGUUCCAGAUGCAUAGCCGAGGAGCUGAGAACUUAGGUUCCUUCCUAAGGGAAAGACUGCCGAGCCAGAGCCUGAACCCAGGCCAGCUGGCCUCCAGAACACGUAACCUUUCUGCCUGACCUUAGAUUACAUUCCUUCAAUACCUGCAGUCCUUCCGAUGGUGCCAUUUCUGCAACAUGCUGAUAACUAAAAUGGAACCUGUCUGUUGGCAGGAGAGUGGAGUGCCGGCUGGCCUCCAGGGCUUUGAGGGAUUCUGAACAAUUUCACCUAACAAUGGGGUGAUGUUGGGCAGAUGCACGUGUCUGGGCACAGCCAGAGGAGCAGAGAUGCCGGAGGCUUCUUGCAGUGAUUGGCAGGGAGCUGGCAUGCAAAGUGUGCAGGGAGCUAGGCCAGCCUGGAGCCUGCAGGGUGACUGUCCGCAGGCAGGCUGAGGGGCUCUGCCGCUGCUGUCCCAGGGAAGCCUCAGGUAUGUCCCAGGCCUUUGAUGGAGUAGAUCAGUCCCUUCCAGUCUACCUGGGAGCAUUUCCUUGACGAUAAUGCACCCGUGUUGGAGAUUAGUCAAAUCUAGAGGUCAUUGUUUGAUCGUGCUGCUGAGAACUGUGGCCAACCCAAGCAGACACAGCAGCAACAAGCAACAAAAAUACAAUCGCUGUGAGAUUUUCUGUUUCUCUUUGCCUGUUUCUCAUGUGUCAGCAUCCACGAGCACCCGUGGAGUCAAAUGAGGAGAGAUUGAGAGUAACGAAGUGAUGUUACCCAGGAUCUGCUAAGCCUGCUUCGGGAAGAUUGGGUUACAAAGGCAGAAUUUAGCCAAAGGUGUGCUCGGGGCAAGGGAGUACACUGAGCAAGUUUAAGAUCGCUGAGGAAGGAUUUCUGUGGAAAUUGCUUGCCAGCACACCACCAAUUAAGUCCCCUUCUAUAACAGUUAGUCAUGGCUGCAGGCUACUGGACAGGACAGUAGGUUUGACCUCCUCUGAAGUACUUGGCCAGACUCAGUGUACGUGAAGCUCCCUGAUACGUUUCUGAUCUAACAGGCUCCUAAAGCGGCUUACACACUGUGCUGGUGGUGUGGAAUGGGAAGGAAGGCCCAUGUCGUUGCGAAAGGAGGUCAGUGAAGCAGAUCCCACUACACAGUUGUGGCCGUGUCUUUUGCCUCCCUGACACUCAACAUCAAAGACCCUGGGUGAGAGUCUGUCCUCACUUCCUCCCACUUGUUCUCGCCUCCGGGAUGUGACAAUUGCUCUUGGCGUGCAUGCAUUGCCAGAUCUUGACUUUUCCUUCAGUCCUGUGGCUUACAGGAGAAUACUAGGGGAUCUGGUCCCAAAGUCGAUAAAUGGGAUUUCCUGUAGCUCAGGCUAGCCUCAAACUUGUGAUCUUCCUGCACCUGUCUUCCGGAAGCUGGGGUUAGAGGUGUUUGAGUCACACUCAACCACUAUUGAAAGAUUUUGAUGAAUUUUUAGUAGAAAGGUCAUUGGUCAAAGGGGUGGAUGCUGGCUCGGGGGCAUGCCAUGGCCCUCCACACCAUGUUCCAGAUCACCUUGUAAACAUUUACAACAAUUUUUGCUCCUACCAGAGUCCUGGGAGAUGAUGGAGUCGGCUCCUUUUCUCCCCCUCGCCCUCCCCAAGGCACCUUGGUCUGUAUUUUCCGGUAUUAAUUGAUUGAUGGGUAUCAGUCACCACAACAUAAAGCCUGUCUCCAUUCCUGGGUUUCGUGGUGCUGAGGAUGGAACCCACGGCCCCAUGUGUGCUAGCCAAGUGCUCUACCGCUGAGCUACGCCCCUAACCUUGUGUCUCCAUCAUGAAUUCAGUAAUUCUCAGGUUGCUUGUAAUAGCCCCCCUCAGAUGGCCACAGCCAAUCACAGUCAUGUGUUUCAGAGUCAGGAGGUGAGACUGCCAUUUCUCUGAGCUCCUCACUGUUUCCCAGUGCCAUGCCACUGCCUCCACUCUGGCUGCCUCUGGGCCGUCUGCCCCCCGUAUGCUUGUUCUGUCACGCAACAAACUUCCAAAGGUAAAGGGCCGGCAGAGAGCCAGAGCCUUGCUCUUAUGGGUUCUAGUCACAGGAGCCCAGGGACGAAACUCACAGCUCCUGGACCUGCCAGCUCCCUUGUGAUGGAGUUUCCGAGGAAACGCAAGGGAAGUGACUCAGACCCGGCCCAGGAAGCACACAGCCAGAUGGAAAAGCGGCGGAGAGACAAGAUGAACCAUCUGAUUCGGGAGCUGUCCUCUAUGGUUCCUCCACUCAGCCCCGCGGCCCGGAAACUGGACAAGCUCACUGUCCUGAGGAGGGCAGUGCAGUACUUGCGGUCUCUGAGAGGCAUGACAGAGUCUUUCUUAGGAGAUAAUUCUAGACCUUCAUUUAUCCAGGAUAAGGAGCUCAGUCACUUGAUCCUCAAGACAGCAGAGGGCUUCCUGCUCGUGGUUGGAUGUGAAAGAGGGAGGAUUCUCUUCGUGUCUAAGUCCAUCUCCAAAACACUGCAGUAUGAUCAGGGCAGUUUGAUGGGGCAGAAUCUGUUUGACUUUUUACACCCAAAAGAUGUCGCCAAAGUAAAGGAACAACUUUCUUAUGAUGUUUCACCAAGAGAGAGACUUGUGGACACCAAAACCUGUCUGCAGGUUUACAGUCCCGGCCACACUCGGCGACCACACAUGCAUUCUGGCUCCAGACGAUCUUUCUUCUUUAGAAUGAAGAGCUGUAAAAUCCCCAUCAAGGAAGAGCUUAGACGUUCACCCUGCUCAAAGAAGAAAGACCACAGAAAAUUCUACACCGUCCAUUGCACUGGAUACUUGAGAAGCUGGCCGCCGAGUGUUGUUGGUGUGGAGAAAGAGAGGGGCAGUGAGAAAGACAGUGGUGCCCUUACCUGCCUGGUAGCCAUGGGGCGGUUGCAUCCAUACACCGUCCCUCCGAAGAGCAGCAAGAUCAAAGUGAGGCCAACUGAGUUCGUGACCCGUUUUGCCAUGAAUGGAAAAUUUGUCUACGUUGAUCAGAGGGCAACAGCGAUUUUAGGAUACCUGCCUCAGGAACUCUUGGGAACUUCGUGUUAUGAAUAUUUUCAUCAAGAUGACCAUAAUAGUUUGACUGACAAGCACAAAGCAGUUCUGCAGAGUAAGGAGAAAGUACUUACAGACUCGUACAAAUUCAGAGUGAAGGACGGCUCCUUCGUAACCCUCAAGAGCCAGUGGUUCAGCUUCACUAACCCUUGGACCAAAGAGCUGGAGUACAUUGUGUCUGUCAACACACUGGUUUUGGGGCACAGUGAGACUGGGGCACCCCCGUUCCUUCACGGCAGCAGCCAGUCCUCAGAAGACUCCUUUAGACAGUCCUGCGUCCGUGUGCCUGGAAUACCCACGGGGACCGUCCUUGGUGCUGGGAGUAUCGGGACAGACAUUGCAAAUGAGGUUCUGAGUUUACAGAGGUUACACUCCUCAUCCCCAGAAGAUUCAGAUCCUUCAGAAAGAGCUAGAGAUCACCACAGUGUGACCUGCGGGAACGCCAGUGUGCCCGUAAGUGGUGUGUCCACGCAGGAGCGCUUUUCACUGAGUCCUGGAACAGGGGGCCUGGAGGCUGCAGGGCAACACGAGAGCCCUGAAGCUGCCCACGGUCACAGGCCACUCCUCAGUGAUGGUGCCCAGCUGGAUGUGGACGCUCUGGGUGACAGCAAUGACACAGCCAUGGCUGCAUUCAUGAAUUACCUGGAAGCAGAAGCGGGUCUGGGUGACCCUGGGGACUUCGGCGACAUCCAGUGGACCCUCUAGCAUCUGAUCCACAUGAGACCGUGAGCUAAAGUGAGAAUCUCUGUGGAGAGUUCCCUCUACAAAUCACGCUGUUCUUCAGCACUGUAUCGAGACUUUCUGUCUUUUAUUAAUAGUCUAUCGGUUUUUAUACAUCUGCACCUUACUCUCUCACGGUUGUGGGAGAACAAGAUGUUUUCCUCCACAGCGAAACAGUCAAGUUCAUCAAACUCUCUUUACUCAGUGAACUAGCCUGGGUCAGGCUGCCAUAUGCAUGACCAAAAUCAUGUUGUUUGGGCUUUACUUUGCUUCUUUUUUUUAUAUAGUUUUGAGUAUGGGAAUUUUAACAUAUUGACAUUUUCCUUGUCUAUGGCCUAAGAGACUGAUAACGCGGGCUUGUGUGCUGUUAUUCCUACACCUUGAGCCUUUCCCUAACUGAUGAAAGAGCGUGGUGCGUCUAGGAUAUGGUGAGAACUUGAACAUUUAAAGGGGCAGAGCAGCUUGUGAGGUUGUGCUGUUGAUGAACACUGUGCACGGCCUGUGUAGAACUUGGUGAGGAUUGCUGGGAUGUUGAGGCCAACUUGUGCACACUACAAUGGACUUCAAGGGAGAGGACGUCUUAAAACACAGAAAAGGCCUACGUCCCAGCGUUGUUUACGGAAGAAGAUAGACCCUGAGCCCUUGCUAGCGGAUAAUAGGACCACUAAGGGUUUUCACUGUAGCUAGCGCUGUCCUGCUGGUUUCCAAUAUUGAAGCUGGCUUAGCGACAGAUUCGGCGUAGAGGGUAAAACAGGCCCAGGCAGAUUAAAUGACCUAUGGGCGGUCCCGCCUUAAAUCUAUGGGUUGUUAAUGUUUAAUGUAUAUAAUUCAGCUGCAUUUGUGGCGGCAUCAGAGUCACUAGUUCCCUGGUGACCGAGCUGACCUAGGAGACAGCUGUAACCUGCUAGGUAACUGGUUAGUCAUUACCGCCGGCAGCCGAAGGAAUGAAGCAAGUGGCAAAUAUUGUUAUUUGUUAUUGUGUUGUUGUAUGAUUUUGUUUGUGUGUUUGUUGAGAGAGGAUCUAUGUAGCCCAGGCUAGUCUGGAACUUACUGUGUAGACCAGGCUGGCCCCAUAUCGAUAUCAUAGAAAUCUACCUGUCACUGCCUCCCAAGUGUUCGGAUUAAAACCAAACAUCACAAUUCCCAUCUUAACUACAGUCCUUCAAAUGACAAGGCAAUGAAAAACCGCUUAAAAGCCAACAUUCUAGUAAUAAUUUAAAAUUUAGAAGGCAUUUUAAGACAGUGAUUAACCCAGAGAUGGUUCAAAUGGAAUGUAAGAAUUAGGAUUGUCUGAAACUCUGGCCUAGGAAUUCAUCCCAGUGGGUAGACUGCUUGCCUAGUGUGCAGGAAACCCUGGGUUCAGCUCCUAGAACUGUAAACCAGAUGUGGUGGUGCACACCUGUAAUCCCAGCACUCAGGAGUUAGGAGGAUCGGAAGUCCAAGGUCAGACUGGGAUCCAUGAAACCCUGUCUUUAAAAUAAAUAAAAUGAAAAGAUUAUUUAAAUGUUUAUCUAUUCUCUUUCCUGAAGAAUCACGCUUUAUCUUAUUUUGUGUGUGGGUGUUUUGCCUGCUUGUAGGUCUGUAUACCACUUACAAGCAGUGCCUGUGAAGGCCAGAAGAGGGCAUUAGAUCCCCUGGAACUGGAAUUGCGCACAUCUGUGAGCUACCAUGUGGGUCCUCUGAAGACAAGUGAAAGCUCUUAACCCCUUGUAUUUGACUGUCUUUGCCGAGCGCUCACUCAGACCCCUUUUGUGCUCUACAGAGGCAAGCCAGACAGGCUGGGAAGAGCCAGGACGCCCUCAGGCUCUAAUGCAGGCCCAGACCCACCGUUUUUUCUUCUCGGAGAACGGCACACCGAGCCCCGAGCCCUAGUGUCCUUUUGUGAUCCACAGUGCCAGUUAUUCACGCUGUACCUGACCGAGCAGAGCUUUCGUCCAAUCUGCAAGGGACAAGUGUCAACAGCUUGCCAGUGUUCCUAGUAUGCCAGUGUUCCUAGUAUGCUGUUUUGAAGUGACGGGGUCCAUAAGGCUGUAGCUCGAAUAAUAAAGACCCAGAGACAGAUACUGGGGUUCAACCCAGAAAUCAGAAAAGCAAAGCAGCCAAGCCACUAGAGAAAUCUUACCUCUUCCAAGGCUGGGCACUGACAAGCUUGCACUCACUAUUUCAAUACUAUUUGGAAUAUAUGAGGUUAAGGCAAAAAAUAAAAUAAAAUUAAUUGUACUUAUAUCUUUUUACUUUUAUGUUAUUGUUGACUGAAACUCACAGUCCCAGCUUGGUCUCCUAAGUGUUGGGAUUGCACCCACAUCCCUGCUAUUUUAUCUUUUUAAUGUGGCUAGUGUAUGUUUCUUCUGGACAGCACAACACUAGGAUGUUUUGCUAGGUGGAUAUUAUGGAAAUGGACCAAGAGUUGAGGGAUGAGGUUAUUUACUCUUGUUACCCCAGUCCUUAGAAGCCAAGUCAAGAAGAUGGCUGAAAAUUCUGGGCCAACCUGGGCUACAAAGUGAGAAUUUGAAGUUCCAUGCAUUUUAUUACGUGAAGAUAGCCUGAAGCUACAUAAAACUUGGGUUCAAUAUUGACACCAUAUGGUCAACAAAUACAUAAAUUUAUUGAGAGACAAAGACAACAGGAAAUGCCGAAAAGAACCAGGAACCGGUGGAAUGAGGAGGAGGUUGUUUGUAGUGUCCCGCUGAAAAAGUUGCACCUGCAAUCCCAGUAUUUAUGAAGUUGAGGCAGGAGAAUCACUGUUAGUUUGAGGCUAGUCUGAGUUACGUAAUGAUGCUGUGCCUCGCUGAAAUCAGAAUAAAUAAUAACUGGUAUUGCAGGUUGCAGGAUCUCUGGACCCAGCAGUGGGUUGUGAACCUCCUGUGUCCCUGGGGCUGUGUCAGGCCACAUAGAGAGCUGACUGCCUAGUGGUUUGCCCAGUCUAGAACAGGGUUGAGGGCUAGAACCCUCCAGAGGCAAUGUAGCUACUCUCUCCCUUCUCUGAGGGCUUUCUUUGGAACAAUUCCUACCCCUCAGGCCUGGGAGAGGCACAUCUGGCCUCCCUGCCUGGAAUGCAAUGAUCUUUGGCAGUUGAGUGAGAUGUGUGGGCCAGAGGAGUCUUAAAGGUUCUUUUCAAGUUGUAGAGACUGAGGUGCCAGUCAAUGCUGGGGUGUCCUCUGACCUUGGGGGAGCUGCUGUCACCCAACUUCUUGAAUGACGAUCUCUAUCCCAUGUCCAACUCUUUCUAACUCUCUUGUUCUUGUCUGUAUAUAUUACUGUUUUUUUUAAUUCUGUGGUAAAUAAUGAAAAGAGUGAAAUUAAAUUAUAUUUUAUAUAAAUAACUAGUUUGUGGUGUUUCUAACUUAAUAAACUUUCUCCCCUUGGUGCUGUGCACUAGUUCCUAACGUAGAAGCACAUAUUAAGGAAAGGGUUGGCUUUCAGAUCUCUGGGCAGAGCAGCACACAGUAGCUGUCUAUAUUUACGUGUUAAUCACUGCCUGACUGCUUAGAUUAGAAUUUGGUGCUGGAUUUCCCACUGGGCCACAGUGAGUCCCUUUUUCUUAUCUCUUCUUUCUGAAAAGUUUUUUUAAUUUUUAAUUUUUUGUAUGUACUUAUUUAUGGAACAUGAAAACAGGAAGUAGAAGUGUAUUGGUUUGAAAGAAAAUGGCUCACAAAGGGAGUAUUGCUAUUAGG